AUGCCAACGAUAAAGGUAACUCAUAACGACGAGAUUCGGCAGUUUGCCGUCUCCUCCCAUUCAACAUGGACAGAGCUCUCCUCCACUCUUCGCGCAAUCUUUGUUAUCCCUCCCCCUGCUGAAAUCACCCUUUCCUAUACCGACGAGGACGACGACGAGGUCAUCCUGUCGACUGAUUUGGAACUCAGAGAGCUAUUGAAUCAACACGUGCCCGAAGGCGGGCCUAUGAAAUUUACGUUGAGAACAGCCGAGGAAAAUGAAGAGGACGGUGUUGUUAUUCUGAAUAGUAUCCGUGACAGAAACAACAGUGUCGGCGAAAAAGGAUGGGUGCUAGAAGGAAUCAGUGGACACGAAAUUGUUGUUAAUAAGGACAAGUUGGAAGACGAUGUGAGCAGUUGUGACGGAGAGUUCGAAAACAUUGACGAGGAUAAGAAAUCAGUUGAUAUUGAAUCAAGGUCAGAAAAUGGUAAAUCCGACCAGGAGCAUACAGAAGAACGUAUUCCAUUAUUACAUGGCUUGUCUCGAGCCGAAGUCGACACACCUUCCGAGGAAGAACAGACUGAAUCACGUGAGACGGAGAUUCCUCCAUCGUCUCCACAACCUCCUCCGUCAUCUCCACAACCUCCUCCGUCGUCUCCACAACCCGAGGCUUCAAACUCUAAUCCAACUCUGGACGAUCUAACUCAACAACUCCAAUCUCUUGUCAACCAAUUCCAAGAAUUCUUUAUCCAAAACCCUCAAAUUGUGGAAACCGCUAAUAGGUUGAUACAUGACGUUGUGGAUUCGGUUAAAGGUGACGUAGAGUCUUUCGAUGAAACCAGCCAAUAUGCAUACACACCAACUUACACUCCACCAGAACGUUCUGAUGAUGUGCCAGCCUAUCGCGAGUGUCCAUUCUUGAGUGGAAUGCCCGGAAAUACUCCCAGUUCGCAAUAUACAAAUAAUGAGGAACGAUCUCCUGACCAGACCAAAGAUGAAGUUCCUCGACAACGUAGUCAUCCGUAUAAUUGGAACGUUAACCCAUCCCACCGUCAUCAUCCGAGCCCUACUCUUCCUCAUCCUUCUCAUCGCCAUCCUGGUCAUCCUCGCCCUCCUCAUAGCCAUCCACCACCGCCAUCACCUCCUUCUCACUUUACUUCCGAUUCUUCCGACCACCCCAAUUUGCCAAGCUCAUUUACCGCUCCUCCCCCACCGCCGCCACCACCACCGGUCCCACAACACACAACACAAGAGCAGCAAGAAACACUGCCAGGAACGGUUCCAUACAUAAAUGGAAUUUUCAGAAAUUUGGGCUCCCGUUUGUUCACACCGUCCGGAAUAAAUAACGACGCGAACGAUGACACAACUGAUAACAUGGCUUAUAGUCCGUCCCACAACCUACCUAGGUUCUGCGCAUACCAAAGCCCAGAUGGCGAUAUUAAAUGCGGUCGUGGUCCAUUUGGCGAGCCAAAGUUUAAUAGCUCGGAAUAUCCAGGAUAUAGCGGUGAUGACCAAAACGUCCAAGAUUUUGCUCUUGCUCCGGACGAUCUUCUUGCCGAUAUUCGACUUCUUCGCGAGAUGGGUUUCACCCAACCUACGCGCGAACUUGAAUGCCUGUUCAGACGUAAUAAUAACAAUAUUGAUGAUGUUCUUGGUAUUCUGCUUGAGGAGACUGAGAAUCGGUAUUAG